AUGGACCAGGAAACUAAACCAGGCUAUGAACCGGAUCGGAUUCCACAUUCGGUUUUUGCAACCUCGGUAACUCCAAAACAAGAAUGGAGUAUCCAAUCGAACGAGUCUUUGUUCAGUAUUCACAUGGGAGACCAUAGUUUCUCCAAGAUGUAUAAAUCUGGAGAACUCACCAAUUUCGAAUAUACUGCUUCGCCCUAUAUUAGCUACUAUAACAAUAACAUUGAUAACAAAAUUGCUCCGACUGACGCUGGAACCAAAGAAGUCAAUAUAACCAUGGUGGAAACCGGACCAAAAACCGGUAAUCGAGAUGGCUUAACCAAUGUUCCUAAACCGGAUCCACGACAACAGAUUCCUAUUUCUCCAACCAAGUCUUGUCACUCCGAAACAAGUAAUAACAGUACAACUUCUUUCGCAUUUCCCACAUUAGGAGAGUACCAACAAGAGCGAAAGACAUCACUAAACACGAAGAGUGAAAGUGGAAAAAGAGAACUAUCAAGACUUGACUCGAAGACCGGAUUGUACCCGGAUGAUUCGAAACAGGGCGGUGCUGGUGCUGGUGCUGGUGGUUGGCUUUCUUGUUGUCUCUGUUUUUCGGUGAAAAAUUGAGGUUAUUACUCUUUGUCAUGUCAAUUAUUUAGGUCAUAGCUGUCCAAGAGACGCGAGACAUUAGACAAG